AUGGAUACAGAAUUUUAUAUUUCUGAAGCCAAUAAACUUUUGGACAACACUAAACAUUACAAAAAAUUAAAAUCAGAUCCGACCAACAAAAUCAACAAACUUAUUAGGGGAGCUAUCGAAAAUGAACUGGUUGAAAAUAAUAUCACUAAACAACAAAGAUAUUUUCUGGUUUGCAACAACCCUAGUCCUGGUAAAUUCUAUAUGCUGCCUAAAAUCCACAAAGAAGGGUCGCACUUCAGACCAAUCAUUUCAACUAUUAACCACCCUACCCAAAAGAUAUCAGAAUUUGUUGACCACUAUUUACAGCCUUUGGUAACAUCCUUGGAAUCACAUAUAAAAGACACUACACAUUUCUUACAAAAACUAAACAACUUAGGUCAGAUUCCUAGGGGUAGUCACAUGGGCACUUUUGACGUGACUUCCCUCUAUACAAAUAUACCCAUUAAAGAAGGUAUUCUUGCGUGCCAGGAAGCCCUUGACCGCAGACCAGUUAAGACUCCUCCUACAUCGACCAUAAUACGUUUCCUCACAUUAAUUCUCAACUACAAUAAUUUCACAUUUAAUGGUAACAACUAUUUACAGAUAUUUGGCACUGCUAUGGGCCAAAAAAUGACACCGAGUUAUGCCAAUAUCUUUAUGGGCAAACUUGAAACCAAUCUACUAUCACUAGCACCAAGCUUUCCCGUUUAUUAUUCUCGUUUCAUAUACGACAUUUUCACAAAUUUUACCACUAACCAGUCCGAUAUUAACCAAUUUCAUCAGUUUAUCAAUACAUUUCAUGACACUAUUAAAUUCACCGUAGAAUAUUCACAAUCAGUCAUUUCAUUUCUUGACGUUAAAGUUCACAUAGACCAGGCAGGCAAUAUUAAUACCGACCUAUAUAAGAAACCAACGGAUACUAACCAAUAUCUACAUUUCAUGUCAUCACAUCCUAGGCACAUGAAAACGAGCAUUCCAUAUGGCCUCUCAUUGAGAAUUUGCCGUAUUUGUUCCAAACCUGAGUGGCGGGAUACUCGUCUGAACGAAUUAACAAUGUCGCUCAUCAGACGUGGGUAUCCCGCUGAGCUGGUUACUAUGGAAACUAAUCGUGCCAAAGCAAUACCGAGAUAA